AGCGAGGCUGUGUCGCGUGGCCCAGCGUCGGCGUGACGGUUGGACGCGGGCGCGGCACUGCGGGUCCCGAUUGCUGCAGCCGCUUGUCAGUGUGAUGAAGAUUGGCACCCAGGCCACAGGACCCGCUCCUCACCCUCUGCUCCGCACCGGGACAUGUGGCUCGCCUCUGCCAGUUGCUCAGACACCAUUUGCUUGUGACUCAAGAUGAUUUGAUGUUUUAUAAUAAACUCAUUAACCAUGAUGGCUACACAGACAUUAAGCAUAGACAGCUAUCAAGAUGGGCAACAAAUGCAAGUAGUAACGGAGUUGAAAACGGAGCAAGACCCCAACUGCUCGGAACCGGAUGUGGAAGGAGUGAGCCCUCCCCCCGUGGGGUCCCAGACUCCGAUGGACGCGGACAAGCAGGCCAUUUACAGGCACCCACUGUUUCCGCUGUUGGCCUUGCUGUUCGAAAAAUGUGAGCAGUCCACGCAGGGCUCGGAAGGCACGACUUCUGCCAGUUUCGACGUGGACAUUGAAAACUUUGUAAGGAAGCAAGAGAAGGAAGGAAAACCCUUCUUUUGUGAAGACCCAGAAACUGACAAUUUGAUGGUAAAAGCAAUCCAGGUUUUGCGUAUUCACCUCCUUGAGCUGGAAAAGGUUAAUGAACUCUGCAAAGAUUUCUGCAGUCGAUACAUUGCUUGUCUAAAAACGAAAAUGAACAGUGAAACUCUCCUGAGCGGGGAGCCUGGAAGCCCGUACUCCCCUGUCCAGUCCCAGCAGAUUCAAAGCGCCAUCACAGGCACUCUCAGCCCCCAAGGAAUCGUGGUGCCUGCAUCUGCGCUGCAGCAGGGGAACGUAACCAUGGCAACGGUGGCAGGUGGCACAGUUUAUCAGCCUGUUACAGUUGUCACUCCACAAGGCCAAGUAGUGACACAGGCGUUGUCACCGGGAACGAUCAGGAUCCAGAACUCCCAGCUUCAGCUGCAGUUAAACCAAGACAUGAGCAUCUUGCAUCAAGACGACGGCUCCUCCAAGAACAAGAGGGGGGUCCUGCCGAAGCACGCCACCAGCGUGAUGCGGUCCUGGCUCUUCCAGCACAUAGGGCACCCCUACCCGACGGAAGACGAGAAAAAGCAGAUUGCCGCCCAGACAAACCUGACGCUGCUCCAAGUCAACAACUGGUUCAUCAAUGCUAGAAGACGAAUUCUUCAGCCGAUGUUGGAUUCUAGUUGUUCAGAAACCCCCAAAACAAAGAAGAAAACUGCUCAGAACAGACCAGUGCAGAGGUUUUGGCCCGACUCCAUUGCGUCAGGAGUCUCCCAGCCACCGCCCAGCGAGCUCGCCAUGUCGGAAGGAGCCGUUGUGACGAUCACCACGCCUGUGAGCAUGAACGUGGACAGCCUCCAGUCCCUGUCCUCGGACGGCGCCACCCUGGCCGUGCAGCAGGUCAUGAUGGCGGAGCAGAGCGAGGACGAGUCCGUGGACAGCCCGGGGGCGGGCAGGGCCGCGCUCACCCCCGCCCACAUCAGCGGGCUGGUCCUGGAGAACAGCGACUCCCUGCAGUAGACCGCGGCCGGGACCCAGGGGGCGCCAGGACCCAGGGCCGCGGGCCUGGCUUUUUAAUAGUUUGCACAGCAAACAUUUUACACAGUUUUAUUUCUGACCUGUUUUAUAUGUAGAUAUAGAAGAGUGCACUUUUGUAUUUCAUAGCGAGCUUCCAGAGCGUCUGUGCCGGUGCAGCGACUUCUUUCGAGCGUGUGCGCGCGUGCGUGCGUGUGGGUUUCCGAGGAAUGUCUUUAAAGGUGCGACGCUAGCAAUGUGAUGGAUGACAGACACCCCCGUGAGCCCCUGGCUAGGUUAAGGAUCGGUGCUGCCGUUUCGUAGAGAGUUGUGCAGUUUCAACUGAGUUCUGUGGUUAAAGCAGGCCUCGUGGGCUGACGGACUUGUGUGGCCCACGGGCUGAAAGAAGCUUCCGCACCUUAAAGCCGCCAGUGCAGGGCGGACAGGGCACGACAUGGCAGCAAACUGGCGCGACUCCGCGGCGGGCGCGCACAGCCCCGGGGCCUCUGCGUCCCCCACCGUCCGGGGCCUGUUCCGUUCGCUAUAUAUAGAAAGAAACUCCUAUUUUUACCUUGCUGGACUUAUUGGAUAAAAAAGCUAUUUUUAUAAAUUCCUUAUGAAUUGGAUUAUAACUAUAUUGAGGGUAAAAUUUCUAGAGGAGAAACCAUACAUGCUUACUAUUUCAAUUUGGAGUGCGAUGAAUUGGCCGAAUUUUGUGAACCUGCCCCAAGAUAGCUAGGGUAAUAAUUUACAUUUACUACUAUGGAAGAAACAACUAUUUAAUGAAACUUUGGUAUCUUCAAAUUUUAGUUCAUCCGUAAAUGCUCAGAUUGCAUUUCCACUUAAUCUAAACGUACGUGGAAAGGCACCUGCCCACCAGGACUUCGUUAAGUGAAGUGGUAGACAGUGAUCAGUUAACGCUCUCACCGUCCGUGUUUCAGUCUAAGUUAAAUUUGACGGCGGUUAAGUGGUGACCACACCACAUUAGCUGCGUAUUGUUUUAGGGUUUGUUAGUCAGCCAUAUGUUACGCAUAGAAUGUUUAUUAUUAUAAACUAAUAUAAAAUGUCCUCCAUCCCAUUGGCUCAGACCUGGGGUAAGUCGCAAACAGUCACCUUUGUUCCGUGAUGGACAGAGAGAGACCGAGAAGGGAGGGGACGGAAAUGAGUGGGGCCGUGCUGACCGCGUGCCGCGGGCUCCUGCUGUCGGGUGCACGUGCACCGGCGGUCCUGGGGCCCGUGCGUCCUCCUCAUGGGCGUGACUCUGGAGUUUCCAGAGCCCUCCUCUCCUCUCCAGCACACGAGAUCUGAAAUAACGUUAGGGCUCCCGUUUCCUGGUGACGAGACGGACCAAAAUCGUAGACUGGGUUUUGUCUACUUUGGUUGAUUGGCUUUCACCUGUUGGCUGGCAAGCGGGGCUGUUGAGCAGAGAGAGGAAACAGGACACCUCAUUUCACAGAGCAGGCCUGCGUGUAAUCCGAUCGGGGUGCUUCCCGGGGGUCGGCGCCUUCCCGAAGGAGGGGCCCACGGCUGGGAAGGCCGCCAUGCCUGGGCUGCAGCUACAGCGGCUGGUUGUGGACCGGGGUCACUUUGAGAGGUUUUCAGAGCUAGAGCAGAUUUUUUCUGGGGCUGACUUUUCCUUAUAAAUGGAUUCAUUAAAGUCAAUCAUAGGAAACUACUUCCUGGAUAAACUAGAAGGCAGGGAGAAAUAAUAGGAAUUUCUUUUAAAAAAGUAUUUCAGGAGCUUUAAAAAGAAAAACUUGACUGUCAACUCUUUGGGGAGAUAAUACCAUUUUUAAGCAGGUAUUGAUUGCAUUCCUUAUUUAUGAACAGUUUUUACUAUUUUAAGUCUACACAACUUUAAAAGGUCAUUUUAGCUUUACUUAAAUUCUAACUUUUUUGGACUUCUCAGAAACGAGGGUCGGCGGAAGCCAGCCCUCUCCUCCUUGGCCCCGCCCUCCCUCCGUCCCUCUGGGCCACCCUGCUCUUCGGUUUAGUGUGGACACAUUCAGAGGGUAUGGGCUCCUCAUGGCUCAGCAGACUGUCAGCCAGGGCUGCGCACACCACUUCAGUUCGGAGGCGGCUGCACCAGGGUUCUCGUUGGCCCAGACCCGCGCCUCUGGGCCCAGGGGCACAGCGUGCGCCUCUGCAGCUGAAGCCGGUGCCCUGAGCUCUCAGUCACUGUCAUCAGGGGACCAGGGUGAAGGCCACUUAGAGAGCAUGCACUCCUGGGCAGACCUAGCCUGCAGUUUCUCUGACCUCUCCCCCUAACCACCGCCUGCCGUGGCUGUUUGGUCCGAAAAACUGUUGCCCAGCACACAGGUUGUCAGAGUCCGCCUUGUUGGAGCCCGUUGUCCAGCCCUCGGGCGUCACAAGAACCUAUGAAAGCACCGCUUCUGCUGAGCUGUCACCGUGAACGGGCUGAUGCUUUGCUCUGGUUAAACUCCCCGCUGAGGCACGGGGCUUCUGAACGUGUGAGACCCCAGACAAGCAUGUCAUCCCGCCGCUCAGCUGCUGAGCAGGUGGCUGACAGCUCCAGCCGGUGGGCUGGCCCAGCGCCCAGUCUUCUGGUCCCAGAUGGUGAAUAGUGUAAGCAUUUACCCCGUGCGCAGAGGGUAGGGCCCCGCCCGUUCACAGCCGCAGGGCGCCGCCGCUCCAGCCCCACACCGAGGGUCUCGGGGUUCGGUUCCGUCCCGUCGUCGUGUGACCCGACUCUGCCCUCUGGGAGAGAGUGUCGGAGCCCUUGUUUCUGUCGGACCAGCUCAGACGUGCCCGGGAGGUGUGACAGGCCCAGUGCUGGCCGUCGGGGACAGAGUGACUCGGCAGCCUGCCUUUGUUUUAGUUACGUUUGGUCUAUGAACUGACAAUCUUUAAAACGUGAAUACUGUAACAAUAUGUUUUCUUGGAUUGUUGUCUUUAAAAGGGAUUUUUGUGAAGCAAUUGAUUUAUCAAAGCAAAAAAAAUUAAAAAUAGAAACACGCUUUAUGGCAGUUGUAUUUUCUGAAGCUCACGUCACCGCAUGCCGCUUUCCCGUUUUAAGUAAUGCGUUCAGGCUGUUGACGUGUUUGCUGGUGACAGUUGGGGUUCGUGGUGACCCCUGCACAUUUAAACUCAGGGUCACCCUGCACUGGAGCCGUUUAUGUUUUCAGGAAUCUACGAUUACUUCAGUUAGUCAUUGGUUUUCCAGGAACAAAUUAGAAAGUUCUAUUUGCAUUUUAUUGUAUUUCAUCAUGAAUCUUAGGACUCUGAUAGAAACGAGAAGAAUGAUUGAUGAGUGACGUACUGCCUUUCACGGCUCCCACUGGAAACCGUGUGCCAGGCGCUCCGGCCCCCGGGACAGGCGUCUGGGCUGCUGCAGAGGGCGCGUCAGCGACCCCAAGACUGGGCUCUGAGGCUGCCGUGAGUCAGCACCUGCACGUCUUUAAACAGAGCAGCGUCUGAAAGCGUGGAUCCCGCCGCAGACCAGGGCUCACGGCUGCACUGUUCCGGGAGGGGCUCCGACGGGCGGAAACGGAGUCACUGCCUGGUCGCGCUGACGCCUCGAGGUCAGAGGUGAAGGUGGGCAUGACAUUUAACCGGGUAGGGGCCCAGCCCUCAACCGUCACCUCUAGACUCCAAGUGCUCUACUUGGAAAGAAAAGAAAUUUGGCUUGUGAGGUUUACUCUAGCUCAAAAGUACUGUUUUUGACAAAAUUUUAUCUAUCUUGAGAGAGAUGCAUUAACAAGUAAUGACCCCGCAAACCCUGAAAAUGAGAACUGAAUUGGCAUCGAAUGUUUAGCGCUUCGGCUUUUUUUGCUUCGUGCAGACGUCCCAAGUGAGGGCCGUUAUGUUCAGUCCGCGUGCACUGCUGUAUGCGCUCUGCUGUAUGCACACGGUAAGAAGAAAUUCCUCACACAGAUUAUGUUUGCCCCUUUUACAGUUAGAUUCUCUUACCUUCUCCGAGACCUAGGAUGGCCACACCAUUUUUACACUGAAACUUGCACAACUGCA